UAUUAUCGUUUGCAGCUAACUGUAAAGUUUCGUGUUACGUCACGAUCUAGUUGACAGCUGCACUCAUGGUAAAUUGUACACGCCUCCUAACCGCAAGCUUUACGACUGGAACUUUCUUCUUAUCCCUGAUUGGUUGCUCGUGCAACAGACUAUUUCCGUGUCAAUGUUGAUAAUUUGAGUUGACCAAUAACGUGAAUUGUUUACGCUGGAUGCAUCUGACGAAAAAGAUCGUGACGAAACGUGAAACUUUACAGUUAGCUGCAAACAAUAAAAUGAAUUUCUACCUUUUAGUACAUUGCUUGAGCUACAGUCACAUGGUGUUCCAGCGUUACCAAGAACCAUCUCUUCCUCUUACGUUCAGUUCUGCGGCCCUUACUUCAAGCUUAGUAAUGAAGUGGACAGAAUGUUUUGAUCUAUGUCGAGGAACAUCUCAGUGUGCUUCUGUGUUUUUUGACGAAAAUAAUCUCAACUGUUCAGUAUUUGGAGAAAACACCGAGGUCAAAGGGGUCGGAGAAAACCAGCGAUAUUAUGUUAUGCAAAAGAAAGUUUUCUACCAAGAUAUAUUGAGUUAUUCCCAAUUCCUUUGUUCCGAGGGCGGCUCUGGAUAUGUUUAUGACGCAACUGUUCCCGUAUGCUACAAUGUUGACCCUACUCCUAGAACCAGACCAAACGCCAUUCUGUCCUGUGAGAAUUUCAAUGGACAUCUUUUGAGAAUAAACACACAAAGAAAACAAAAAUUCGUAGAGGAUCUAAACCUUACAAGAACAGAUUUAAUACAUAAAUACCGAAUUGAUGGAGACAAAACAAGUGGCGUGUGGAAAUUCUCAGAUGGAAGGCUCAUAUCCGAGUUGUACUGGUACCCUGGUGAGCCAGCAAGCUCGUCAGCUACAUCAAUAGGCCUGAGGGACGGACACAUGGGUAAAUGGGACGACAUAGGCGAACAAAAACAACAUGGCACCAUCUGUGAAAGGGAUCUAGCAUUCGGAUGAUUAUUUUUACAUCAAUGACGGGGGCU